AUGGCCUCAUUUCCCGACUACGACACGCCCUUUCGCAUGCGAACUCAACUCUUCCGCCCUCCUCACACUCCCUCUUCCACCACGUCGGUUUACCACACACCCGAGACCGAAACGACCCGGAAGCGUAUGCGCCGCGAAGCACCAGAUGUGCGGACUCUAGCUUGGGAUCCUAUGUCAUCGGGCGAACUCGAAGGCCCAUCACCGUUACCUCUGAUCAACACAGAUUACAUUCUUGCCAAUGGAGGCGAAGAUCAUCGACAGCUGGAUUUGAAAGACACGACAGAAAAACUAGCAGAGGAACAAGACUAUCGACCAAACCGAUAUCGUUAUAAUUCUCUCUUCACAGGUCAGCAACCAGCGCUUACCGUCGCUGACAGAGACGUGGGCAGUCGCAAGCGGAGUUACAGUGAGGCUACGGAAAUGGCCACACAGCAGUUGCCGGUGCCAUCUCCAGCGACACCCGGCUGGGGCCGAGCUGUAUUCACCGUCGUAGGGAAAGUUUGGGACUUUUGCUCGACGAUCGCGUUCCGUGGAUUUUCUGCCGKCGGAGGUAAUAGCUAUCAAGUCGCAACACCUGGUUCAAACGAAGCGAGUAAUCCGCGAGCCGGUCCUCAACAAGAUCCAUUUCCUUCUGACGGAGCCUUAACUCCGAUUCCUGGACAAUAUCCCGAUGAAGAGGCAGAACAUUUACGCGACAAGGAACCCUGGGUCUUUGUCCAAGACUCACCAUCGCUGAAGUUGUCAUCUGCACGAAGCCCUAGCCCAACACAUUUCUCGCGCAAAGUCCCACGACGAAGCACAGCUCAUCGUCCACAAUCACGACGAUCGCUAGUGAAUCCUCUCCGACCUAUAACCAAACGACCUUCUUUAAAUCCAAUUCAACCUGCAGCCGUCACCCCGCUAUCACCAACUGGCCGUCCAUCGACUCCCCUCAAACAACCUCUCAGCCCUACUCGCGCAUCUCUGCCCGGAAGUCCCGCAUCCAGGGAAGCGCAACGAUUUGCAGCCCAGGUUCGGCGACGAGAGCGCGAAGAGGACGCUAGCAUCCAAAAAAUGAACGACCAGCUCAAGGCUCUGAUCCGCGAAGGCCGCGAAGCACUGGGUUCCCGCGUGGAAGUUGACGACAUGGAUUUUGACGACUAA